AUGACUGAGCACAAGCCCCGACGCCGCAUCCUGGGGAUCGGGUACCCUCGAUUCGCGGUCCGUGAGUGGGAGGACCUGGCAAAGAACUACGAUCUCCACCACUUCGUCCCCGCAAGCGAUCGCGCUGCGGUUGUCGCCGAGGUGAAGCGGCUGUGUGGCGAGCAUGGGCCAUUCGACGCCGGCUAUGUGCUGUUCGGCACGGCAGCGUACUCGCCGUUCGAUGAAGCGCUCCUCGGUCCGCUCCUCGCCCCCCGGACCUGCGGCGUCUGGGCCCAAGGCGGCGUUGGGUACGACGAUGUCGACGUGCCCCUCCUCAUCCAGCACGGUUGCUACCUCGCCAACACGCCUCAUGCGGUCACUGCAGCCACGGCCGACAUGGGUAUUCUCCUCAUGCUGUCCGCCUUGCGGGGGGUGAGGCAGGGCGAGCAGGAGCUGCGCUAG